GCCUGGGCUUCUGAGAGGCGCUGGAACUGAACAUUCGGCUGUCUGGCUGGUAAGGAUGCUGCUCCUCCAAGUUGUUCUCCUCGCGUGCGUGGCGCUCCACCUCUCGGAGAGCAGCGCCGUCCAAGCUCUCUACGACCCGCCCUUCCUGUCGUCCGAUCACCAUAGCAACGACAACGACGUCAUCAGCGACGCAGACGACAGUUUCCCGCCAGACUUCGCUGGAAGCACGUCCGAACCCGACGACUUCGCGGGUUUCCGAACGAGGGCCUUCGGGAAGAAGGGAGCCUGGGCGCCGUACACACACGGUGUCACCACCCGGGGGUUCGGCAACAAGCGAGGCUUCGGGAACAAAAGAAGCGACGUCGGCGAGCGAUACGCCGCGGUAGAAGAGAUGCUGGAGCGACUACGUCAGCUGGCGCAGAGAGAAGGGGAGAUGAGAUACGGCGGCCAGGUUGAGGACGUCAGCGGUGACGUCAAGCGCGGGUUCGGGAACAAGCGCGCGGUGCGGCACAGAGGGGAGGAUAUCUUGUUCUGGUGGCCGCGGCCGCAGCAGUCCUGACCGACUUUCUCUGCUAAAGCGCUUGGCCCUGCUAGCUGGAGGAGGUUCGCGACACGUUCGACCUAAUUAGCAUAUCCGUGACGUCACUUCCGCUGCGUCGGACAACGGGGGCGUUGGGACAUCUUCGAAUUCUUUAAUUAGAACUUUGGGGAAAACUCAUCUGAGAUCCACUCUAAAAAUAAACUAAUGAAGGCAUUUUAUAAGAGCCAAAUUCCAAUAAUGA